UUGUGAGUGAGCCUAUACACCAGUUUUUACGGCAGGAAGCUGCAGACAGCAUGGCUGCCUCCGUAAAGAGCAUUUGUGUUACAUAGCAGCAUUUUCGCAAGGAACUUUCUUCUACGAGUAACCUCGACAUUAAACAAAAGAUCCUCAUUCGUCAUCUGUCAAAGAAACCGUGUACAUCACACAUGUUGGCAAAGAGGCCCCCCCCCUUGCAGAGUUUCUUGUCCCUGGUUUCCAGACGUGCCAGUCACCUUGCCAGACAGCAGUACGAUGUCAUUGUGGUGGGUGGGGGUCAUGCAGGGACCGAGGCGGCGGCAGCGGCGGCCAGAGUGGGAGCUGAGACACUCCUGGUCACACAGAAGAUAAACACCAUUGGCGCCCUGUCUUGCAACCCGUCUCUGGGCGGAGUAGGGAAGGGCCAGCUUGUGAAGGAGGUAGAUGCUCUGGAUGGGCUGUGUGGCCGAGCAGGAGACUGGGCUGGUAUCCAUUUCUCCAUCCUAAAUCGUAGAAAAGGCCCUGCCGUGUGGGGCCCGAGGGCCCAGCUGGACCGCCAACGCUACCGCGAAUUCAUUCAGUCUGAGCUGCUGUCCACUCCCAGGCUGACAGUGUUGGAGGGCUCGGUGGAGGAGCUGCUGGUAACGGAACCAAACCCAGAGGAGCCUGGACACCACAGAGUUACAGGGAUACGUUUGGCAAAUGGAAGCCACCCAAUCUCAGCCAGCUCCGUGAUUCUCACCACUGGUACUUUCUUGUCUGGCUCCCUCUUCGUGGGCCAAACCACUUCCCCCGGGGGUCGGAUCGGAGAUGCUCCAUCGAGUGCUGGGCUGUCCCAUACACUAAGGGAGAGGCUGGGGCUAAGGACAGGCAGACUGAGGACUGGUACCCCUCCCAGGAUUGUGAAGGAUUCAGUCGACCUUUGCCUGGCUGAGCUUCACCCCCCUGACAGUCGUCCAACUCCGUUCAGCUUCCUUAAUACACACACGCGCUGCAAACCUGAAGAGCAGCUGCCUUGCUACCUUACCAAUACUACUCCUGGUGUGGAGAGAGUGGUGAGGGAGAGUCUUCAUCUCAACUGUCACAUACAGCAAGACGCCAAAGGUCCCAGAUACUGCCCCUCCAUUGAGUCGCGAGUGCUUCGCUUUCCAGGCCGGAGGCACCAGGUGUGGCUGGAGCCUGAGGGGUUGACCUCUGACCUUUUGUACCCACAGGGUCUAUCCAUGACCAUGCCCCCCGACAUGCAGCUCCGCCUCAUCAGAGAAAUCCCCGCCAUGCACAAAGCUGAGAUCCACACACCUGGUUAUGGCGUGCAGUAUGACUUUGUGUGUCCAACUCAGCUGAGCCCUGCCCUGCAGGUGAAAAGCACUCAAGGUCUCUUUCUGGCCGGUCAGAUUAACGGAACAACAGGAUAUGAGGAGGCUGCCGCACAGGGGCUGUGGGCGGGAGUGAAUGCUGCCCGCUUGGCACUCUCCAUGCCACCAGUGGCGUUGUCCCGAACGGAGAGUUAUAUCGGAGUUCUCAUUGAUGAUCUGGUGAGUCGAGGCGUUACAGAGCCCUACCGCAUGUUCACCAGCCGGGCUGAGUUUCGAACCUCCCUAAGGCCAGACAACGCUGACCUCCGCCUCACUCUGAAAGGGUUUGAGGAGGUGGGAUGUGUGUCCUCCUUGCGCUACCAGGAGGCUGUGAGAGUGAGGGACAGUCUGCAGGAUGCACUGGCGGCCCUUCAGGCUCUCGCCCUGUCCACCAACGUAUGGAGAAAAAACUUGCCCGACAUCCGUAUAAGUGAGAACAAGAACACGAUUCUGACGGGUGUGGAUCUGCUGCAGUACAACGACGUGUCCUUUGAAAUGUUGGCAUCUGUCUUCCCAGAGUGCUUUUCACCUUACAUGGAAUUCUCACAAAGACUCAAAAUAGAGGCUGUGUACAGGCCUCACUGUGACCUCCAGAAGAAAGAGAUUGAGAGAAUUCAGAAGGAGGAGAAUAUGUCUCUCCCACAGGACAUAGACUAUCUCUCUCUGCCAGUGUCACUGUCUCAGGAAGUCAGAGAGAUUCUGGACAGAGUUCGACCCAGCACUCUGGGUGCUGCUACACGGUUGCAAGGUAUAACUCCUGCUGCAGUAGUCCAUCUCCUCCGCUAUGUCCGCCACACAGGACAAAAGGAAAGAAGAACGCACAGAAACCAACCAGAAUACAAGGAGGAGAGAGAGGAGGAGCUGUGUGCAAGAAAUGCAUCUUUACCUCAGUGAAAUCAUGACUCAUAAACUGUCUUGUAAAAAUGUAUGUAUUCCUGAAAAUGUACAAAACACAUAAAUUAAGGUAUUUUAGGAUGAUACAGUAUGGACCAUUUUCAUGUUUUACUUAAGGAUGACUCUUUAUAUUGUUAAAAAAAAGCUAAGCAAAAUAAAAUCCCUAACUCAUUCA